AUGAACACUUUCUCUCGGUCAAUCGAAGGUGCAACUCCACUUCACAUUGCUGCGGUGCACGGCCAUCUGAAUAUUGUUAAACUAUUGAUAGCAAAAAAUGCGGACCCAAAUGAGAUGAACAAUAAUAAAUUAAAUGCACUUCAUUGUGCAUGCGGCAACGGAAAUGUAGAACUAGUUAAAUUCUUUAUUGAUCGCGGUAUGAACACUUCCUCUCGGUCAAUCAAAGGUGAAACUCCACUUCACAUUGGUGUGCAGUACGGCCAUCUGAGUGUUGUUAAACUAUUGGUAGCAAAUAAAGCGGACCCAAAUGAGAUGGACGAUAAUAAAAGGACUGCACUUCAUUUUGCAUGCAGCAACGGAAAUGUAGAACUAGUUCAAUUCUUUAUUGAUCGCGGUAUGAACAUUUCCUCUCGGACAAUCAAAGGAGAAACUCCACUUCACAUUGCUGCGUGGAACGGCCAUCUGAGUGUUAUUAAGCUAUUGAUAGCGAAUAAUGCGGACCCAAAUGAGAUGGACGAUGAUAAAUGGACUGCACUUCAUUUUGCAUGCAUUAACGGAAAUGUAGAACUAGUUAAAUUCUUUAUUGAUCGCGGUAUGAACACUUCCUCUCGGUCAAUCAAAGUAUAG